UGAAAAACUAUGCAGUACCCAUCCAGCUUAAAAUCAAAGGUUGGUUUUGCCGCCAGUGGAGAGGCGCUGGUAACUAAGCUGAAAUGUUUGACAUGUGGGAAGCCUCUUGACCAUGAAAUAUGCUGUAUUCACGUGCCCUCGCCUUUGAAAGUUCUUCGCGUUGGAGUCAGAGAUUCCAUUCUUCCUGGAGCACCGUGGGGCCAGCUGUAUCCAACCCUCACUUCUCCUUGGGAAAGCUGAUCGUGGCUUAAAAGUCUUGCUGUAGCCAAUGCCAGACCUAUUUCCAGCCGCAUCUUCGACCCUUCCUUCCACCCCUGCCCACUGGAGGACACUUGGAAACUGAAGUGGACUGGGCAGCGGGGUUCGGGAAGCCAUGCAUCAUGCCGGCAGGAGCCAGCUGCAGACUUUAAACUCUGCCCAAGAUGUGGAGAGGGCAGAGAAAUGACCUGUCCAGACAAGCCGGGACAGCUCAUAAACUGGCUCCUUUGCUCAUUGUGUGUCCCGAGGGCCUGUAAACUGUGGAGCAGCCGGCGGCCCAGGACCCGGCGGAACCUCCUGCUGGGCACCGCCUGUGCCAUCUACCUGGGUUUCCUGGUGAGUCAGGUGGGCCGGGGCUCCAUCCAGCACGGGCGGGAUGCCAACAGGGGACCUCUCCGUAGCCAGGACAUCACCAAGGCGUCCUUCCCCGAGAUCCCACUGGAUGGAACCCUGGCCCCUCCAGAGCCCCAGGGCAACGGCACCACGCUGCAGCCCAACGUGGUUUACAUCACCCUGCGCUCCAAGCGCAGCAAGCCUGCCAACAUCCGUGGCACGGUGAAGCCCAAGCGCAGAAAAAAGUACGCCGUGGCAUCCGUGCCCCCUGGACGGGAGGCGUUGGUUGGCCCAUCCCCGCCUCCGCAGGAUGCUGAAGGGGCGCUGUAUGCUCAGGGACGCCUGCCUAGGGUUGCAGAGUCGGCCUGGAGGUUGGCGCGGGGCCCCGGUGUCCGAGCCGGGGGCCCAGACUUGCAGCUGCCCCGCAGCCCGGAGAGCAACAUCAGGCUCUACAGCGAGCGCGCCCCCUCGUGGCUGAGCAAAGACGACAUCGGCAGGAUGCGCUUGCUGGCCGACGGCGCCGUGGCCAGCGUCCAGCCAGUGGCAUCCAACAGCGGUGCCCGCUUGCUGGUGCUGGAGGGGGGCAGCGCAGGCUCGCAGCCUAGGCCCCGUGGGCUGCUCAAGCAGCCUUUGGACAUGAGUGAGGUGUUCGCCUUCCACUUGGACAGGAUCCUCGGCCUCAACAGGACCCUGGUGUCUGUGAGCAGGAGACCCGAGUUCGUGCAAGAUGGCCGCCCACGUCCUGUCGUUCUCUGGGACUCAUCCUUAGCUCCAGUGAGCAAUGAUAGCCACUCUUCAGUUAAGCUCACCUGGGGGACAUACCAGCAGCUGCUGAAACAGAAGUGCUGGCUGAAUGGCCGGGUGCCCAGACCCGAGUGGGGCUGCACUGAAGUCCAUCACCAUGAGUGGUCCAAGAUGGCUCUCUUCGAUUUCCUGUUACAGAUUUAUAACCGCUUAGAUACAAAUUGCUGUGGAUUCCGACCUCGCAAGGAAGAUGCCUGUGUAGUGAACAGACUGAGGUCACACUGUGAUGACCAAGAUUCUGUGAUACUAGCACACAUUAUCCAGAGAAAGCAUGACCCAAGGCAUUUGGUCUUUAUAGACAACAAGGGCUUCUUUGACAGAAGCGAAGAUAACUUAAACUUCAAAUUGUUAGAAGGCAUCAAAGAGUUUCCUGACUCUGCAGUUUCUGUUUUGAAGAGCCAGAGCUUGCGGCAGAAGCUCCUCCAGUCUCUGUUUCUUGACAAGGUUUUCUGGGAAAGCCAAGGUGGCAGGCAAGGCAUCGAGAAGCUCAUCGACGUCAUAGAACAGAGAGCCAGGAUUCUCGUCACUUAUAUCAACGCACGUGGGCUCAAAGUUCUGCCUAUGAGCGGCUGACAGAAAGGUCUGGCUACAGUGCUACCCCGUAUUGGUUUUGUUUGUUAAUCAAGUACAUCUGCUUCAAGUCCUCCUGGGAGUGAGAUGGAUACACGUAACAAAUGAAUUUGAUCUGAUAGAUAUGAUGGACCUGACUAAGAAAGCGAUGAAGGCUGUGCAGAUUUAAGAAGGUUUAGAAAAACAUACUGCUGACAAAUGCUUUUGUUACAGUCAGGUUUGCAUUCCUGGCAGAAAACACCCAACCAAGAGCAGCUUGUCUUAUGGGCUCAAGGAGAAGCUCCAUGAUGGCAGGGAAAAUGAUGGCAUGAGCAGAGGGUGGACAUC